GUGCUGGGCGGUGACCAGGCUGCUGCCCCUGGGUCCUCGGCCACAGACGUGUGUCCGAGGGGCCCCUCGGGGAGGUGGGCUCACGGUGACCCUGCAAACCUCUCCUGUCUUUCACCAAAACGUGAGCGUGCUGCUCCAGUAAGAGGGGUGAUGGCAGUGGCCCUGACAGCCGGGUCCCCCGGACCUUUACCUCUGGGGUCCUGCUCGCCAGGCCUGUGUCAUGGGCCCAGGGCCCCUCACGGGACAGAAGAGCGUGUUUGCCCGCUCGGGCCGCUCCCGCGCUGAGAGUCAGAGGCAGCCGCAGCCCACCCGUUGCCCGCCAUGUCUCAGAUGCUGCACAUUGAGAUCCCCAACUUUGGGAACACCGUGCUGGGCUGCCUGAACGAGCAGCGCCUGCUGGGCCUCUACUGCGAUGUGUCCAUCGUGGUCAAGGGCCAGGCCUUCAAGGCCCACCGGGCCGUGCUGGCCGCCAGCAGCCUCUACUUCCGCGACCUGUUCAGCGGCAACAGCAAGAGCGCCUUCGAGCUGCCGGGCUCGGUGCCGCCCGCCUGCUUCCAGCAGAUCCUGUCCUUCUGCUACACGGGCCGGCUGACCAUGGCGGCCAGCGAGCAGCUCGUGGUCAUGUACACGGCCGGCUUCCUGCAGAUCCAGCACAUCGUGGAGCGCGGCACCGACCUGCUGUUCAAGGUGAGCUCGCCCCACUGCGACUCGCAGACCCUCAUCCCCGGCAUCCAGCAGGUGCCUUACCCCCAGGGGGAGCGGACCAGCCCGGGCGCCAGCAGCCUGCCCACCACCGACAGCCCCACCUCCUACCACAACGAGGAAGAUGAGGAGGAUGACGAGGCCUACGACACGAUGGUGGAGGAGCAGUACGGCCAGAUGUACAUCAAGGCCACCGGCAGCUACGCAGUGCCGGAGAAGCCCGAGCCAGUGCCGCUGGAGAGCCGCUCCUGUGUCCUCAUCCGCCGUGACCUGGUGGCCCUGCCCGCCAGCCUCAUCAGCCAGAUCGGGUACCGCUGCCACCCCAAGCUCUACUCGGAGGGCGACCCCGGCGAGAAGCUGGAGCUGGUGGCAGGUGAGGCGCCCCCCGGCCCGUGGAUCACCCAGGGCCAGCUCAUGAACUGCCACCUGUGCGCGGGCGUGAAGCACAAGGUGCUGCUGCGCAGGCUGCUCGCCACCUUCUUUGACAGGAACACGCUGGCCAACAGCUGUGGCACCGGCAUCCGCUCGUCCACCAGCUCNCCCCCCAGUGGGGGCAGCCCCUCACGCCCGUCCCCCGUCCCCCCAGUGUACUGCCAGAACUUCGCGCCCAGCUUCAAGGAGAGCGAGAUGAACGUGAUCGCGGCGGACAUGUGCACCAACGCCCGCCGCGUCCGGAAGCGCUGGCUGCCCAAGAUCAAGUCCAUGCUGCCCGAGGGCGUGGAGAUGUACCGCACGGUCAUGGGGACCAGGCUUGAGUCCUCCUGGAACGGAGAGGAGGCCGUACCCUCAGCACCUCAGGUGGACUCGGCCCUGUAG